GAAUUCCGCUCCACCAACCUGUUGCUGUGCCGGGGGAGCCGCCUCCUCUCCUCCUUCCUCUUUUUCCUCAGUCCCUCUUCGCCUCUUUUCUGCUCACUCCGUGGCCGCUCCAGUCCGAAAAGAAGCAUGGCUGCCAACAAAGUGAUAGUUUACGGCGGAAGGGGCGCGCUGGGCUCCAAAUGUGUCCAACAUUUCAAAUCCAGAGGAUGGUGGGUGGCCAACAUCGACUUGGGCGCUAACGAGGAGGCUAACGAGAACGUCAUUGUCAAGAUGACGGACUCCUUCUGCGAGCAGGCUGGCCAGGUCACAGCAGAUAUUGCCCAGUUGCUCGGCGAGCAGAAGGUGGAUGCCAUUUUGUGUGUGGCCGGCGGCUGGGCAGGAGGAAACUGCGGUUCCAAAGACUUGUACAAGAACACAGAUCUGAUGUGGAAACAAAGCGUGUGGACCUCCACCAUCUCCAGCCACCUGGCGGCCGUCCACCUAAAACCGGGAGGUCUGUUGACUUUGGCCGGGGCCAAACCCGCUCUGUCGGGGACCGGAGGCAUGAUUGGCUACGGGAUGGCUAAGGCUGCUGUGCACCAGCUAUGUCAGAGUCUGGCCAGCAAAAACAGCGGGAUGCCUUCAGGGGCCGCUGCGGUGGCCAUCUUGCCGGUUACCUUGGAUACACCCAUGAACAGGAAGUUCAUGCCGGACGCCGAUUUUGGCACGUGGACACCUCUGGACUAUGUUGCGGAAAUGUUCCUCAAGUGGGCCCUGGGCGCCGACAGGCCUGCGUCGGGCAGCCUGAUGCAGCUGAUCACUUCCGGCGGGGAAACUCGGGCCGUAGCAACGCCCUAGAGGACGGGCGGACGGACGGACUGAGAGAUGGACAGGCGGGGGGUGUGGCCAGAAGAUAAGGAUAGAGAAGCGAUAGAAAGGCUCACAGAGUGAUGGAGUUUGAAGGCAAGACAGGGGGGGAAAAAAAGGUAAAGGGUUUAGUGUCACAUGAAGGACAACAGCGUUAUCUAGUUGUGGAUGUCAGUAUUGCUGUGACAGUAUUGGAUGCUCGUUAACAACAUGAUUAAAAAGUAUCAUAAAAGGA